CCGAUGUUUAUCGCAUUUUUAAUCACUCUGGCGUUUAUUGCUUACCUAUUGAAUUUGGUCUUUGGUCGCUUGCGCGACCGCGAAAGACAAAUAACAACAGCAAUCCCGACUAACAACAACAACACGACCAACAACGACAACAACAAAAACAAUAACAACUCCAGCGUAAUUGCGGCUACAGCAACAACAUCGUCAGCGAUAAGUACCACAACAAAAGGCAGCGACCAGCAGCAGAAGCAACGGUUUCCGAAGUCUUGCAUUAAAAAGGUGAAAUUCUCCAGCGAGAGCCUCAAGUCGGAUGUUGAUGGCCUCUGCGAGCAGUUAAAGGAGAGCGUUUUAACCGAUUUGAGUAAUUUUAAUAAUAAUAAUAACAACAACAACAUUGACGUUAAAUACAACAACAAAAUGAGCGAACAGGAGGCAACGACAAGCGCGGAAACAAAACAGGCCGCGCCUACGGACGGCGAACGCCCCAGUUUUCUGGUGGGCGAUGAAAUUGAUGAGAAGGAGGCCAUCGAGGCGGGCGAAGCUGGCGAUGAAUUCCCGCAGAAAAUGCAAAGCGAUGUCUGCCAAAAUGGCGACAUUGCGGAACGUCGCAAGCGUCUGAGGCCCAGCAUGUCGCGCACUGGCCUCGGCCAGGAUCGUCAUCAGGAUCGGGACUUUCAUAUUGCCACCACGGAGGAGUUUGUGAAGCGCUUCGGGGGCACGCGUGUCAUCAAUCGGGUUCUCAUCGCCAACAAUGGCAUCGCGGCGGUCAAGUGCAUGCGCUCGAUCCGCCGCUGGUCCUAUGAGAUGUUCAAGAACGAGCGGGCGGUACGAUUUGUGGUUAUGGUCACGCCCGAGGAUCUCAAGGCGAACGCGGAGUACAUCAAAAUGGCCGAUCAUUAUGUGCCCGUACCCGGCGGAUCCAACAACAACAACUAUGCGAAUGUCGAGCUCAUUGUGGAUAUCGCACUUCGCACUCAAGUGCAGGCUGUGUGGGCUGGCUGGGGUCAUGCGUCGGAAAAUCCGAAAUUGCCGGAGCUGUUGCACAAGGAGGGUCUGGUAUUUCUCGGCCCGCCGGAGCGUGCGAUGUGGGCGCUAGGCGAUAAGGUGGCCUCCUCGAUUGUGGCCCAAACGGCGGAGAUACCCACAUUGCCGUGGUCCGGCUCCGGUCUGAAGGCGCAGUACAGCGGCAAGAAGAUUAAAAUAUCCAGUGAACUGUUUGCACGCGGCUGUGUCACCAAUGUGGAGCAGGGCCUGGCCGCUGUCGCCAAGAUUGGCUUUCCGGUGAUGAUUAAGGCUUCGGAGGGCGGCGGCGGUAAGGGCAUUCGUCGCGUGGACACCCCCGAGGAGUUUCCGGGCCUGUUCCGUCAGGUGCAGGCCGAGGUGCCCGGCUCGCCCAUAUUCGUGAUGAAGCUGGCGAGCGGCGCACGGCAUUUGGAGGUGCAGCUACUGGCGGAUCAGUAUGGCAAUGCGAUCAGCUUGUUUGGACGCGAUUGUUCCAUACAGCGACGCCAUCAGAAGAUCAUUGAGGAGGCGCCGGCAAUUGUCGCCCAGCCGGAGGUCUUCGAGGACAUGGAAAAGGCAGCUGUGCGUCUCGCCAAAAUGGUGGGAUAUGUGAGCGCCGGCACGGUUGAGUAUCUGUACGAUCCAGAGGGCAGAUACUUCUUUCUGGAACUCAAUCCGCGUCUGCAGGUGGAGCAUCCGUGCACGGAAAUGGUAGCCGAUGUCAAUUUGCCCGCCUGUCAGCUGCAAAUCGGCAUGGGCAUACCCCUGUACCGUCUGAAGGAUAUACGUCUGCUCUACGGCGAAUCGCCGUGGGGCUCGUCCGUCAUUGACUUUGAGAAUCCGCCAAAUAAGCCGCGCCCGUCGGGCCAUGUCAUUGCCGCACGCAUCACCUCCGAGAAUCCGGACGAGGGCUUUAAGCCCAGCUCCGGCACCGUGCAGGAGCUCAACUUCCGUUCCAGCAAGAAUGUCUGGGGCUACUUCAGCGUGGCCGCCUCGGGUGGCCUGCACGAGUUUGCGGACUCGCAGUUCGGCCAUUGCUUCUCCUGGGGCGAGAAUCGUCAGCAGGCGCGCGAGAAUCUUGUGAUUGCCCUGAAGGAGCUGUCCAUUCGCGGUGAUUUCCGCACGACAGUCGAAUAUCUGAUUACGCUGCUCGAGACGAAUCGUUUCCUGGAAAAUAGCAUAGACACCGCCUGGCUGGAUGCGCUGAUUGCGGAGCGUAUGCAGUCCGAGAAGCCGGACAUUCUGCUGGGCGUCAUGUGCGGUGCGCUGCACAUAGCGGAUCGCCACAUAACGGAGGCAUUCACCAGUUUCCAGACCUCGCUGGAGAAGGGUCAGAUCCAAGCCGCCAACACGCUGAGCAACGUGGUGGAUGUGGAGCUGAUCAACGGCGGGCUGCGCUACAAGGUGCAGGCGGCGAAGAGCGGACACAAUUCCUAUUUCCUGCUGAUGAACAAUUCGUUCAAGGAGAUCGAGGUGCAUCGUCUGUCCGAUGGCGGGCUGCUCAUCUCGCUGGAGGGCGCCUCGUACACCACCUACAUGAAGGAGGAGGUGGAUCGCUAUCGCAUUGUCAUCGGCAACCAGACGUGCGUCUUCGAGAAGGAGAACGAUCCCUCGCUGUUGCGCAGUCCCUCGGCUGGCAAGCUGAUCAACAUGCUCGUCGAGGAUGGCGCACAUGUGGCCAAGGGGCAGGCCUUUGCUGAAAUCGAGGUCAUGAAAAUGGUGAUGACGCUGACCUCCCAGGAGGCGGGCACUGUCACCUUUGUGCGUCGCCCUGGCGCUGUGCUCGAUGCGGGCAUGCUGCUCGGCCAUCUGGAACUGGAUGAUCCCUCGCUGGUUACAAAGGCACAGCCCUGCAAGAGCCAAUUCUCGCAGCCGGAGAAUGCUCCCUUGCCCGAGAAACUGAACCGUGUGCACAACACCUACAAGGCCAUCCUGGAGAACACCCUGGCCGGCUACUGUCUGCCCGAGCCCUACAAUGCGCAACGCCUCCGGGAUAUUAUUGAGAAAUUUAUGCAGAGCUUGCGCGAUCCUUCAUUGCCGCUGCUGGAGCUGCAGGAGGUGAUCGCCUCGAUAUCGGGCCGCAUACCCAUUUCCGUGGAGAAGAAGAUACGCAAACUGAUGACACUCUACGAGCGCAACAUCACCAGCGUCCUGGCGCAGUUCCCCUCGCAGCAAAUCGCCAGCGUCAUCGACAGCCAUGCGGCCACGCUCCAGAAGCGCGCCGAUCGCGACGUCUUCUUCCUGACCACCCAGAGCAUUGUCCAGCUGGUGCAGCGCUACAGGAACGGCAUACGCGGUCGCAUGAAGGCAGCCGUGCAUGAGCUGUUGCGUCAGUACUACGAUGUGGAGUCACAGUUCCAGCACGGACACUACGACAAGUGCGUGGGCCUGGUGCGGGAGCACAACAAGGACGACAUGUUGACGGUGGUCAAUACGAUAUUCUCGCACUCGCAGGUGGCCAAAAAGAAUCUGCUGGUCACGCUGCUCAUCGAUCAUCUGUGGGCCAACGAGCCGGGCCUCACCGACGAGCUGGCCAACACGCUCAGCGAGCUGACCUCCCUGAACCGGGCGGAGCACUCCCGUGUGGCCCUGCGUUCCCGCCAGGUGCUCAUUGCCGCCCAUCAGCCGGCCUAUGAACUGCGUCACAAUCAGAUGGAGUCAAUUUUUCUGUCGGCCGUGGAUAUGUAUGGUCACGAUUUCCAUCCGGAGAACCUGCAGCGUUUGAUUCUCUCGGAGACGUCCAUCUUCGACAUACUCCACGACUUCUUCUAUCACUCCAAUCGGGCUGUCUGCAAUGCCGCCCUCGAGGUUUACGUGAGACGCGCCUACACCUCGUAUGAGCUGACCUGUCUGCAGCACCUGGAGCUCUCCGGCGGAUUGCCGCUGGUGCAUUUCCAGUUUCUGCUGCCGACGGCGCAUCCGAAUCGUUUGUUCUCGCGCAUGAGUUCGCCGGAGGGCCUGGAUCAGGCGAUAGCUACCGAAACGAUGGGCAGCUCCUUUGUGCGCACCGGCGCCAUUGCGGCCUUUGAUUCGUUCGAGCACUUUUCCAUGUACUCCGAUGAGAUCCUGGAUCUGUUGGAGGACUUCGUUUCGCCAGCGCUGGUCAGCGCCAAGGUAUUGGAGGCGGUUGAGGCUGCCGAUUCCAUAUCGGACAGUCGUCACAGUACCUCGAUCAAUGUCUCACUCUCGGAUCCCAUCACGCGUGCCAAUGCCGCCGAAGAGGCCAAAUCCACGGAGCCCAUUCAUAUCAUCAGCGUUGCGGUGCGGGAGACGGGCGAAAUGGACGACGUGCAAAUGUCACAGAUCUUCGGCAACUACUGCAUGGAGCACAACGAGGAGCUGUUUCAGCGACGCAUACGUCGCAUCACUUUUGCCGCGCUCAAGAAACGCCAGUUCCCCAAGUUCUUUACGUAUCGAGCCCGGGACAAGUUCGAGGAGGAUCGUAUCUACAGACAUUUGGAGCCGGCAUCCGCUUUCCAUUUGGAGCUGAAUCGCAUGAAGACUUACGAUCUGGAGGCAUUGCCGACGGCCAAUCAGAAGAUGCACCUGUAUUUGGGCAGGGCCAAGGUGUCCAAGGGUCAAGAGGUCACCGACUUCCGUUUCUUCAUACGUUCCAUUAUCCGGCACUCGGAUCUGAUCACCAAGGAGGCCUCCUUUGAGUAUCUGCAAAACGAGGGCGAACGUGUGCUGCUCGAGGCGAUGGAUGAACUGGAGGUGGCCUUCUCCCAUCCGGAUGCCAAACGCACCGAUUGCAAUCACAUAUUCCUCAACUUUGUGCCCACCGUCAUCAUGGAUCCCGCGAAAAUCGAAGAGUCCGUCACCAAGAUGAUCAUGCGCUAUGGUCCGCGUCUGUGGAAGCUGCGCGUGCUCCAGGCUGAGCUCAAGAUGGUCAUCCGGCAGUCGCCCCAAUCGCCCACGCAGGCGGUGCGUCUGUGCAUAGCCAACGAUUCGGGCUACUUCCUGGACAUCUCCAUGUACACGGAACAAACCGAACCCGAAACGGGCAUCAUCAAGUUUAGGGCCUAUGGCGACAAGCAGGGCUCGUUGCAUGGCCAUCCCAUCUCCUCGCCGUACAUGACCAAAGACUUUUUGCAGCAGAAACGCUUCCAGGCCCAAUCGAAUGGCACCACCUAUGUCUACGAUGUGCCCGACAUGUUCCGCCAGAUGACCGAACGUCAUUGGAAGGAGUUCUCCAAGGCGCGACCCACUGUCGAUAUACGCAUACCCGAUAAGAUACUGCUCGAAUGCAAGGAGCUGGUGUUGGAGGAUGAUAAUCUGGUCGAGCUGCAGCGUCUGCCGGGCGAGAAUAAUUGUGGCAUGGUUGCUUGGCGUAUUGUGCUGGCCACACCCGAGUAUCCAGCUGGUCGCGAGAUUAUAGUGAUUGCCAACGAUCUGACCUAUUUGAUUGGCUCCUUUGGCAUCAAGGAGGAUGUGCUCUUUGCCAAGGCAUCGCAGCUGGCGCGCAAACUCAAAGUGCCUCGUAUCUACAUCUCCGUGAACAGCGGCGCGCGCAUUGGUCUUGCCGAGGAGGUGAAAGCCAUGUUUAGAAUAGCCUGGGAGGAUCCCGAAGAGCCCGACAAGGGCUUCAAAUAUCUAUACCUGUCCACGGAGGAUUAUGCCAAGGUGGCCAAUCUGAAUUCGGUGCGUGCCAUACUCAUCGAGGAUGAGGGCGAGCAGCGCUAUAAGAUCACCGAUAUCAUUGGCAAAGACGACGGUCUGGGCGUUGAGAAUCUGCGCUACGCUGGCCUCAUUGCCGGCGAAACAUCGCAGGCGUACGAGGAGAUUGUGACCAUUGCCAUGGUCACCUGCCGCACCAUUGGCAUUGGCUCCUAUGUGGUGCGUCUGGGUCAGCGUGUCAUACAGAUUGACAAUUCGCAUAUUAUACUCACGGGUUAUGCUGCUCUCAACAAGCUGCUCGGCCGCAAGGUUUAUGCCUCGAAUAACCAGCUGGGUGGCGUUCAGAUCAUGUUCAACAAUGGCGUCACCCACAAAACGGAAGCCAUCGAUUUGGAUGGCGUCUACACAAUACUCGACUGGCUAUCCUACAUUCCCGCCUACAUUGGCUGUGAUCUGCCCAUUGUUUUGCCCAGCGAUCAAAUUGAUCGUCCUGUCGAUUUCAUGCCCACCAAAUCUCCCUAUGAUCCGCGCUGGAUGCUCGCCGGUCGUGUGAAUCCUGUAAAUGCCAAUGAUUGGGAAAAUGGUUUCUUCGAUCGCGAUUCUUGGAACGAGAUCAUGGCGCCAUGGGCUAAAACCGUCGUCACGGGUCGCGCUCGCUUGGGUGGUGUGCCCGUCGGCGUUAUAGCCGUGGAGACGCGCACUGUGGAGGUGGAAAUGCCCGCCGAUCCGGCCAAUCUGGAUUCGGAAGCCAAGACACUGCAGCAGGCCGGUCAAGUAUGGUAUCCAGAUUCAUCGUACAAGACGGCGCAGGCUAUCAAGGAUUUCGGACACGAGGAGCUGCCACUGAUUGUGUUUGCCAACUGGCGAGGCUUCUCCGGCGGCAUGAAGGACAUGUACGAGCAGAUUGUCAAGUUUGGGGCAUACAUUGUCGAUGGUCUGCGGGAGUACAAGAAGCCGGUGCUCAUCUAUUUGCCACCCAAUGCCGAGCUGCGUGGCGGCGCUUGGGCUGUGCUCGAUUCGCUCAUCAAUCCGCGUUAUAUGGAAACCUAUGCCGAUCCAGAAGCGCGCGGCGGUGUGCUCGAGCCCGAGGGCAUUGUGGAGAUCAAGUACAAAGAAAAGGAUCUCGUCAAGACAAUACAUCGCCUGGAUGGCACCACCAUUGGGCUAAAGCGUGAGCACGACGAAGCGGUGGCCGCUGGCGAUAAGGUAAAGGCGGCGCUGCUGGAUGAGAAGAUCAAGGCGCGCAUCGCCAUACUGAUGCAUGUUUAUCACACGGUCGCCGUGCACUUUGCCGAUCUGCACGAUACGCCGGAGCGUAUGCUGGAGAAGGAGUGCAUCAGCGAAAUUGUGCCCUGGCGCGAAUCACGUCGCUGGCUCUACUGGCGACUGCGUCGGCUGCUGCUCGAGGAUGCGUACAUCAAGAAGAUAUUGCGCGCGCAGGAUAAUCUCUCUGUGGGUCAGGCCAAGCAGAUGCUCCGUCGCUGGCUGGUCGAGGAUAAGGGCGCCACUGAGGCCUAUUUGUGGGACAAGAAUGAGGAAAUGGUAGCCUGGUAUCAGGAGCAAAUAAAUGCCGAAUCGAUUGUGUCCAAAAAUAUAAGCUCUGUUAGGCGGGAUGCCAUCAUCUCCACAAUAUCCAAAAUGCUAGAGGACUGUCCGGAUGUGGCGCUGGACGCUGUUGUUGGCCUCUGCCAAGGCCUCACGCCAGUGAGUCGUGGCGUUGUGGUGCGCACGUUGGCACAAAUGCAGCUAAACGAGGAGUCCUCCGCGAAUACCCAAGGAUGACUCUACGUUAACUAUUAAGUUAUGUGAGAAUUGAGUCUCCUUAAAAUUUGGUGUUCGGAUUAUGUUUGGUGCAACGCACAAUAUCGAAGAGUGUUUGUUUACCUUUAGGAUGCUUUCAGCGAAUCGUUUAAAAGCUUUGCUUUUGUACCAUUUGCAUUUUGUUUAGUUGAAUUCUUUGUAAAUUUAAUUAGCCUAUUACAUUAGAUACUAAUUAGUUAACUUCAAUGGCAUUGGCAGACCUUCUGCUGUUGUCUGUUCUUUUUUUGGAAUUGUAGGCAGCGGGUAGUACGAGGAACCCUCUUCAUUUAAAUUUGGUAGUUACUCAGAUAUCAAAAAAAAAAAAGAAGAUAUAUAUAUACACUAUUCUAAAGAUAUAUAUAUAUAUUUAUAUAUAAUAUACAUUGUUUUUGUAUUUGUAUUGUAUACAAAAGCAAAACUUUCCGCUAGUUGUCUAAGACUUAAAAUUGUUUAUAUACACAGAGAUUUUUUGUGAAUUAUACGAAUAGAAAUACUAUUGUGAAUGUGUGUGUAUGUACAUGUUUCAUAUAAA